ACAAAAUAUGGGGAUACAUAUGAUUGCGUGAAUUUCUAUAAACAACUUGCAUUUGAUCAUCCGUUGUUAAAGAAUCACGAUAUUUAUCCUAAGAUAAAACCUAUUUUAGCUAGCACAUUACAAAAUUCAGAUACUUCAGCAGCUCAUGAAGCUAAUGAGUCAUCAGGGAUAUGGUUAAAGGAAAGAGGUUGUCCUUUCGAAACUAGUAACAACAAUAGUGAGCUAAAGAGAACUUCCAUAUCCUCACAGGGAUACAAGCUCGCAAUAGUUCAAAUUCCAAAUAACCCAAAUAAUAAGUUUUCGAGUGCUGAAAUGUCAGCUAGUUUAUGGAAUCCUCGUAUUGAAAGUCAACAGCACACUGCAUGUCGGCUGAAAAUUCAGAAAGGAUCAGACAAUUUACAAACUGGGUGGAGAGUGGAUCCAACACUAUAUGGGGACAAUAAGACUAGAUAUUUUGUACAUUUUCAGGAUCUAGCCAAUGGAAACUGGUGGCUUUUGUUUGGUGAAAGCAACGAACAAGUUGGUUUUUGGCCUCAAAGGCUUUUCAGCAACAUGGCAAGCUUUGCUACUAGUGUUGAGUGGGGAGGAGUAGCAUACAGUCCGCCAAGCGUGUCUGAACCUCCAAUGGGCUCCAAUUGUUUUCCUAUUGGAGAUCCAAAUUACGAUGCUUAUUGUAGGAGACUUAAUAUUUUAAAUGGUAAAGCUGAGGCAGUACAUAUAGACAAAACGACUGUAUGUGUUGAUGAUUCUGAUCG